GUUACUGAUGAUGAUGAACUAGCUUUGCAAGUUGGGAUUGAGCCGCGGGAGAUAUCGAUGUCGGAUAAUGAAGAUCUUGAAGAACCUAGCAAGAUGAUGAAGACAUCUAUUAAUCCGUUUGUUCUCACAUUCAGUAAUCUAAGGUACAGCCUUAACACAGGUACGAAAGCGAGUAUAUUUUGUCUAAAAGAUACCAAGAAACUAUCGAAGUCCUCCACGGAGAAAAUCUUGUUGAAUGAAAUCUCAGGUGAAGCUAGAGAAGGUGAAAUUCUAGCUAUUCUUGGUCCUAGUGGUUCGGGAAAGUCAACCUUGAUUGAUGCACUUGCGAACAGGAUCUCUAAUGAAAGCUUGAAAGGAUGUGUCACGAUGAAUGGUGAAUCUCUAGAGUCGGGGCUUCUGAAAGUAAUAUCUGCUUAUGUCAUGCAAGAUGAUUUGUUAUUCCCUAUGCUAACAGUUGAAGAGACGCUAAUGUUUUCGGCUGAGUUUAGAUUGCCUCGUGCAAUCUCAAAAUCAAAGAAAAAGGCAAGAGUUCAAGAUGUGAUCCAUGAGCUUGGGUUGCGUAGAGCAGCAAAUACAUUAAUAGGAGAUGAAGGUCAUAGAGGCAUUUCUGGAGGUGAGCGUCGUCGUGUUUCAAUUGGAGUUGAUAUAAUUCAUGAUCCGAUUGUACUAUUUCUUGAUGAGCCAACAUCAGGACUUGAUUCAUCGUCUGCUUUCCUUGUGGUAAAAGUUCUGCAAAGAAUUGCUCGGAGUGGAAGGAUAGUUAUUAUGUCCGUUCACCAACCUAGUUCCAGAGUUGUUGGCUUAUUCGAUCAAAUGAUAUUUCUCUCGCAGGGUGAAACCGUCUACUAUGGAUCUCCCACUCAGCUCUCACUUUUCUUGUCGGAUUUCGGUCAUCCAGUCCCUUCGAAUCAAGAUAUAACCGAAUUCAUGAUAGAUUUAUAUCGUGAACUGGAAGGGAUACCUGGUGGAACAAAAAGUAUUGUUGAAUGCAACAAACUGCGGCAGAAAUUCGUAGAACACCAUCGAUUGAAUUCAGACUAUUCUAAUGUGUUGGGUGUAAGCAUAAAACAGGCAAUAAUAUUGAGGGAAAAACUUAUCGGCAGUAAUUUUACCGACAUUGCUCAAACAUCAACCAUCUCGAAAUUUGCAAAUCCAUUCUGGGUUGAGAUCAUUAUACUAAUGAAACGAUCAUUAACAAACUCCAAGCGGAUGCCCAUAGUGUUCAUGCUUCAAAUUGGUGCUGUUGUGUCUAUAGGUUGUAUCUUGGCCAGCGUGUAUUGGCAGCUUGAUAAAACAGAAGCGGGUAUUGAAGAAGAAAUAGGGUUUUUCGCUUCGAUAGUGGCAACCAUCUUCUUUGGUUGCACAGAUGUUCUCGCAGUAUUCCUCCAAGAAAGGUACAUCUUUAUGAGAGAAACAGCUUAUAACUCAUACCGCCAUUCAUCUUACGUUCUAUAUCACUCAAUUUUAGUCAUACCCUCGUUAUUCAUAUUUUCUAUUUUGUUAGCAUCAUUGACGUUCUGGCCAAUAGGUCUAGAUGGUGGAUUUUCAAGUUUCUUAUUAUAUUUCCUUGCGAUAUUCUUAUCAUUUUGGACAGCUAACUCGUUAGUGAGUUUGGUCUCAGGAUUGGUUUCUCAAGUUGUGUUGGGUUACACUAUAAUAUUGCCUAUAAUUACUGCAUUCCUUCAAUUCGGUGGUUUCUUUAUACAGAGAGACAGAAUUCCUGCGUACUGGACAUGGUUCCACUAUAUUUCUGUGCUGAAAUAUCCAUAUCAAGCCAUCCUGUUGAACGAAUUCGAAAACCCAAAUAUGUGUCUGGUUGAAGGUAUUGCUCCAGAUAAGUCUUGCUUAUUGACUGGACAGGAUAUAGUAAGAAAGCAAGGCGCAACCGAUUUAAGCAAAUGGAGUUGCUUGUGGAUCACUUUGGCAAUGGGUGUUUUGUACAGAAUUUUCUUUUACAUCUCCUUAUUGUUUGGCUGCAAGAAUAAGAGGAAGUAGUUCUGUACAAGCUAAUUUUACAGCGUCUCUUUGUUAGAGUUAGAGUUUUUCAUUGGUUGUAAUAUUUUUUAAAUCCUAAGUAGUGUUGCAAACUUUCACUAGAUUUGUUCCCGCGCUACA